UGCGAAGAGGCUCCUUUCUGUCAGGGUCUCCUGUAAGUUUUAGAAAAUAGUGUACAUGUAGCUAGUCGUUUUUUGUUUUGUAAAUAAUAUUUAAAGCGUCAUUCAAAGAAUGAGAAGAGUUACUCUUUUCGUUAAUGGAACCACCAAAAAUGGCAAGGUUGUGGCAGUGUAUGGGACUUUGGCCGACUUGCUGUCUGUAGCCAGUAACAAGCUGGGUAUCCGAGCCUGCAGUCUAUAUAAUGGGAAAGGAGGCCUCAUCGAUGACAUCGCCCUUAUCAGAGAUGAUGACGUGCUCUAUGUUUCUGAAGGGGAGCCCUUUGUCGAGCCUCAGAAUGAAAUCAAGUGUUCAGAGGAGCGCAAAGGAGCUCACACUGAUUGGCUGACUCUUAACAUCGGAGGUCGCCUCUUCACCACCACACGGAGCACCCUGGUAAGCAAGGAGCCAGAGAGCAUGCUGGCACAUAUGUUCAGAGACAAAGACGUGUGGGGGAACAAGCAGGAUGAGCGGGGGGCCUACCUGAUUGACCGCAGCCCAGAAUACUUUGAGCCCAUACUGAACUACCUGCGGCACGGCCAGCUCAUUGUCAAUGAGGGCAUCAACUUGCUUGGGGUCUUGGAGGAGGCACGCUUCUUUGGAAUAGAGCAGCUUGCUGAGCAGUUGGAAGUAGCAAUAAAGAAUUCCCAACCCCCGGAGGACCAUUCCCCAAUCUCCCGCAAGGAGUUUGUGCGCUUCCUGCUUGCCACACCAACCAAGUCUGAGCUGCGCUGUCAGGGUCUGAAUUUCAGUGGAGCGGACCUGUCCCGCCUCGACCUCCGAUAUAUUAAUUUUAAGAUGGCCAACCUGAGUCGCUGCAACCUCACACACGCCAACCUAUGCUGUUCUAACCUGGAGCGGGCAGACCUGUCUGGGGCCAACCUCGAUGGUGCUAACUUGCAGGGUGUGAAGAUGCUUUGUACAAACGCAGAGGGGGCAUCUCUGAAAGGCUGCAACUUUGAGGAUCCCUCUGGCCUAAAGGCCAACUUGGAAGGUGCUAAUUUGAAGGGGGUUGAUAUGGAGGGCAGCCAGAUGACAGGAAUCAAUCUGCGUGUGGCGACGCUCAAGAACGCCAAGCUGAAGAACUGCAACCUGCGGGGGGCCACGCUGGCGGGCACUGACCUGGAGAACUGUGACCUUUCUGGCUGUGACCUCCAGGAAGCGAACCUGAGGGGCUCCAACGUCAAGGGAGCCAUCUUUGAAGAGAUGCUGACCCCACUGCACAUGUCUCAGAGCGUCAGAUAGCCUCUCUCCCUUGUCUCCCUGCACAUUCCAUCAUGGCUGGCCACUCCCACAGACUCUCCCCUCAUGCCUCUGAACCAGCCAGCCAAACCCAAAAAAAGAAAAAAAAAAAGACAAAAACAUUGUAGCAAGAACCUCCCUGGAAUCGUAUGCAAUCCUAAUAUCACUUCUCUAUGCACAGCCCUGGCCAUCCACCCAAUCUGUUAGCUUUAUUUUCUUGCACUAGGGCACCUCCAGGGUUGUCAUUAUUUCACUUGUAUGUUGAACGCUUAUUGGAGUAUGAGAAUUCAAGUGUGGCACUGUCCUUUGUGAUGUCAGUCCUAAUAACCAAUAUAUAUAUGUGUUGUGUUUUACAUAGAGAAGUAGUACGGCAGAUGUAGGAGUUAUCGCAGUCACUGCGGCAGGCUGAUAGCUCAGGGCACAUAUAUAGCAGUAGUUCUUAGGGGCAGUCAUACUUCCCUGGGCAUAGGCAUAGUGCAGUAGGCAGCGGCCGGCUCUCUUUGAAGCUUAAAGGAAACAUUUCCAAUCAAGGUUAAAGCAGUACCAGCAGCAUGUCUGAAAAGGCGAAGUAAUCUUUGCCCAUUACGGUGUGAAUAUGUUAGUGGAUGCAUGUGGAGUCAGAUGUGAUAUGAGAAUGCAGUAUUUGUUAAGAGAGAACACGGCAUUAAUUUCUCCGGUCAAUGCUUCUCCCCCACCCCUUGAGUAUUAUAGAAGUCAAAAUGUCCAAUGUUUUUGACAUUGGCUUUGAAUCUACCUCCCUCUCAGCCAUUAUCUGACUGACAUAUGUGUCGCUUGCGUUCUGUUUGUAAUUGUAUAUGCUGCCUCUAGUGGGCUGGUCACGCAGAAGCCCUCCCUCCGAGCAUCUAAGUCCUCUCUAGCUGAGGAUUUCAGGAUUGCUGCUUCUAAUCAUGCAGUUGCCUCUAGUGUAUAGAUUUGAAGUAUGAGAGUGAGAGCUGCAUGGAAAUGUGUGUAUCAACCAAAUAUUGUUACGGUCAACAUGAAGCUUGUCUGUCUUGCACCAAAUAGUAAGCGGAGUAUAGUUGUAAAACAACACUCCCCUUUAGGAUAACAACUCGACAAGAUGGACUUACCUUUUUCUUUUUUAUUUAUUUCAUCUAUGCUUGGCACCAAAAUAUGAUUUGCAUCUGGGAUGUAUCUAUUUGCAUGCAAAUCCAGAUAGACCUACUAAUAACUGUCAAAACAAUCAACCUUACUAAUACAACAGCAAAAAAUAACCUCUUGUUGAAUGUGGUGCAUAUCAACAUCGAGUCCUAAGAUAUUUCAAAUCUAGUGCUUCCCUAGCAGCAGAAGCUGCUUUGAUACUGGAAGUUUUAUCACUGCUGGACUGUGAUCAUCUUUGAAGAUUUUUUUAUGUUAAUGUUUUUAUCAACCUGUAAAUUCAAGAGGUCUGGAACAUUAUCCGCAGGCUUAAAGGACUGAAUUUAACCACGGACAGCAUUGUCCAAAAAAGACAUGUAACUGUCGCAGAAUCUUAGUAAUGCUUUUGAAAAGUAGGCACAGCAAUUGCUGAUUUUUUUUUUUUUUCCUUCCCAAGGUACUCUGCCUGUCUUUGUAAUGGCAUUUGAAUUUAGCACUCUGAGUGCAUUGUGCUUCAUAUAUCAGAUCCUUGUAAAAAGGGGGAUGUUAUUUAUUUUAAUAUAUACUCAAUUAUAUUUAUGUAUGGAGGAGUGGAAGUAAUUUGCCUUUCUCAAGACUGGGUAUAUGACUGCUUCCCUAUUCCCACACCCAGUUCUGUGAUAAUUGCACUCACUCAGCCAAGGAAGUGUAUUUUCAUGAAUGGAAUGGACUGUUAAACAAU